AUGCAGGAUCCUAAUCCAGAUUGGCCAUAUAUUGAUGAUGAGCGUUAUGCAUAUCCACUGUAUAAGAAGCAUCCAUUCUGCUACAUCUGUUGCAACCUUCUUUCAUGCAACCCGUCGGAGUACUCUCCUGGUCGCCACGCCUACUCCAAACCAAAUGCUGGGCAAAUAUCGUACUCAGCCCGUGAGAUAGAUGAUUUUUACACCUUCACUUUUCCUGGAUGGCGCACCCUGUACCGGCUCAUCAUGUUUAACCCUAAAACGCGAUGCUACAGGAUAUCCGGGAUCGCUCAGAAUUACUGGCCGUGUAGCACUUUUCACGCUCCGUGGAAUGAGAAUAACGGGCUCCUGUCUGUCGGAAAACACAAGAGAAUCUGGCGCCAUGGGCUGGCGGCACCUAAGCUGAUUCAACCCAAGGUGAAUAUCGAGAAGCAGACCACCCUGGCUGGAUAUAUGGUGCACGCUAUGUGCUGGAGAGAGCUGCUCCGGGUCAUUAAAUGGCCGCAUACAGAAGAAAAUCUAGGCAUCCUCUCGCAUGCGCUGCGAACACGCUGCAUGAAGGAACGUUUAGAUAUCAGUUAUGACGAGCCCGUGGAAUCGCAGCUACUGAUGGAUCCUAGAGAUCCCAUCGGUAUGACAUCUGUUCGACGAUUUGUAACUCGAUGCAGAUCUAGAGCUACCAGGAUGUCAAAGGUGAGCCAUACAUCAUGCUCUACUGAUUCAUGGCUCAUCCGUCUUCCGUUGGAGCUGCAAUACAUGAUCAUGGAUAAUCUUGAGUUUGACGAUGUAGGCUCGGUGCUGAAAGGCAUCCAAUGGUCAGUAGACAACGGAUAUUGGAAACGGCGGCUUAAUCUAGACCUGUUCAGCGAGAUACGCGGCAUUUUACAUGAGGAUUUGGACUGGCGGUGGCUCUGUUUGAAACUGGAGGUUCUUGAACACAGUCAAGCGGGGACAGAUAGAAAGCGAUUUUAUGAAAUACUGAAGGAAAUCGGGAUUCGGUAUGGACUGGUAAAGGCUGAUGUGCAGUGUGGUCUUAUUGGAAGUCGUCCCCAUGCUCCAUGA